AUGGAUCCUUACGAAAUAGAAUUUAUCGGCGAAAAUAGAAUCGUCAGUAUCAUUCCCAACUUUUCACACGACAAAAUAUUUCUUAUUUGCGGUGAAUUUGGCCCGUUCCGCGCUGGAUUGCCGAUGAAUGUACCGCUCUGGCUAGGAGUUAUGCUAAAACAAAAACAAAAGUGCAGAAUAGUACCACCAGAUUGGAUGGACAUUGAAGUUUUGGAAAAUAUAAAAGAAGAAGAAAAGCGAUCCAGGUUUUUCACAAAAAUGCCAAAUGAACACUACAUGGUUGAAGCAAAAUUGAUCUUAGGGGCAGCAGCAGAAGAUAUACCUAGGGCUUCAGAAAUAAAAACCAUCAUCAAAGAUAUCUGGGAUAUAAGAAUGUCAAAGUUACGAACCUCCAUGGAUGCCCUCAUGAAAUCUGGUGGCAACUAUGGUAGACUUGAUCACUUAACAAUGAUGGAAAUCAAUUCAGUGAAGCCAUUACUUCCGGAGGCUAUGGAUGAGUUGCAUAGGAUAAAAAUGAUGGCCAGAAAAACAAUGCCUGCCAGUUUAAAUAAUUCUACGUUCAGUCAAACGGGUGGCUCACAAAAUAUUUAG